CCCGUCCGAUUUCUUCGAACAAAAGAAAGAUAAAAAAAGAAGAAGAAAAGGAAAGAGAGAGAGAGAGAGAAAAAAAAAAAACAAGCGCCAGACAAAUUCGUCUCUCGUUGGAAGUGGAGGCGGAGGCGGAGGCUUUCCCCUGUGCCCUAGGCGCGAUCUGCUCGCUGCUCCGGCUCCGCAGGGAAGGAGCAGCAUGCUCCACAUAGACGCACCACAGAAUACUAAAGAGAGCUUUUUCAUACCAAAGAAGUACAGAAGAAGAUUUGUUCCUUUGUUUCUGAAUCCUGGAAAUCUCUAGCCUGUAGAAGGAGAAAUCCAGGAAUUUCAACUCAAGAGAACAGAUCACAAUAUUUUACCCACGGCACUGUAUCUCGCAAUAUGGCACUGAAAAAUGUAGUCCGUUUCUUUUUGGUGCUGAUACAUGUGAGCAGUUGUUUGGGUCGAUCAGGGAAAAUGUUUUCUCCUGGCUUUGUUUCAUUGUCAGAGUCAUUGCCGAGCUGGCCAAUUUUGAGUGCAGGAAUAUCUGUGACUGCUUCGCUUGUUUUAUCCUUGUUUCUAAUAUUUGAGCAUCUCUGCGCAUACCAUCAACCUGAGGAGCAAAAGUUCUUGAUUGGUCUCAUUCUGAUGGUUCCAGUAUAUGCUGUUCAAUCAUUCUUCUCGUUACUGAACUCAAAUGUUGCAUUUAUAUGUGAAUUGAUGCGGGACUGUUAUGAGGCAUUCGCUAUGUAUUGCUUUGAGAGGUAUCUCAUAGCAUGUUUAGGUGGGGAGGAAAGUACAAUCAGAUUCAUGGAGGGUCGGUUUCAAAUCAGUGAGAGUUCUCCUCUGCUAGAUCUUGAUUAUGAUUACGGCAUUGUGAAGCAUCCUUUCCCGUUAAACUGGUUUAUGAGAAACUGGUACCUUGGUCCUGAUUUUUACCAUGCUGUGAAGGUUGGGAUUGUGCAAUAUAUGAUACUGAAGCCUAUUUGUGCCAUCUUGGCAAUUUUUAUGCAACUUAUUGGAAUCUAUGGGGAAGGAAAAUUUGCAUGGAGAUAUGGGUACCCAUAUUUGGCCAUUGUCCUAAAUUUCAGCCAGACAUGGGCAUUAUACUGUCUUAUACAGUUUUAUACUGCCACCAAGGAGAAGUUGGAACCUAUUAAACCCCUAUCCAAGUUUCUAACCUUCAAAUCCAUUGUAUUUUUGACAUGGUGGCAAGGUAUUGCUGUUGCAUUUCUCUUUUCAACUGGGCUUUUUAAAGGACAUUUGGCGCAAAGGUUUCAAACACGUAUUCAGGAUUACAUCAUAUGCCUUGAGAUGGGGGUGGCUGCAGUGGUUCAUUUGAAAGUAUUUCCAGCUAAACCUUACAGACGUGGGGAGAGAAGUGUUAGCAAUGUUGCUGUGAUGUCUGAUUAUGCAUCUCUGGGAGCUCCAGAUCCUGAAGAAGAACAAGAGAUUGACAACGUAGCAAUCAUGCAAGCUGCUCGUCCUGAUGCCAGGGACCGGAGAUUGAGUUUCCCUCAGAGUGUUCGUGAUGUUGUUUUAGGAAGUGGUGAAAUUAUGGUUGAUGAUGUCAAAUAUACAGUUUCCCACGUCGUGGAGCCUGUGGAGCGGAGUUUUUCCAAGAUAAACCGGACACUUCAUCAGAUCUCUGAAAACGUCAAGCAGCUUGAGAAGCAAAAGAAGAAAGCUAAGGAUGACAGUGAUGUUCCCCUGGAACCAUUUUCAGAGGAAUUCGCGGAAGCUCAUGACAAUGUUUUCGGAGGUAGCGUUAGCGACAGUGGAUUUGCUGGGAAAAGGCACAAGAAUGCAAAAAGGGCACCGUCGUCUCUGAAACCGUUUGACUUCAGAUUAGGCAGAUGGUUCUAGUAGUCAGCCAGUUGUAGGUUAUUGGGUUUUGGUUCUGACCAACAGGGAGCUAACCUCAAAUCCAGCAGUUUAUACAACAUAGGGAUACUGGAGGCAAAGAAAUGACAAUUCUGGAAACUAACGGUUCGCAGGAGGAUGGGGAAUGUAUCUUCACUUUCUUUCCUAAGCUUCCUCUUGUGUUUAUACAACUGAUCCUAGCCCUUGUCAAUUUCAGGAGGCGAUUGUUAGAAAAAAAAAUCAUGAGAACGGCCUUGUUUAGUACUACCAGUUAUUUACACUUGCUACAGGCAAAGAAAUACUGAAUACUGAUGUAACCCUCCUCCCCAAGUUUCUUCGAAUUGACAUGCAUAGAAGGGGUACAUUUGUAAACUGUUGAACAUGUUUCAAAUCGGUAAAGCGAAAUCGAAAGUGAAAGUUCUGUUGCU